CUGUAAAAUAUGUGUGAUCAGAAUUGAUAACUUCUUUCUUGUGUGGUUUCCUUUUUUAUAGAGAACAGAUUAAACUUAAGUAUAAAUUUGCUUGGUAAAUUACCGAUAGACUAUCAUAGCAUUGAUUGUCAUUUAACUGCGAGUCUAUUCUAUGUAAAUGACGCAAUCAAAAAAUGGAUCGAUUUCAUGGAAAGACAAUGUAAAGGUGUAUUUAGAUGAUUAUAACAGUGACCUAAAUUUUGUCAUAGAAGAAGAUGGAUUAACUGGUUCCUGUUUGCAUAAAGAUGGCUUUGAGUUCAUUUGGGCCGCAGCUAGAGCUACACAUGGCGUAUCAAGGGGAAAGAACAAGUCCAUUUCUUGAUGACCUCCUUCCACCAGAACCACCUGCACUUCUUCAAGAACUGCCAGCUGAUGACGUCAUGAGGGAUUUCCAUGAUGAUGACACUGCAGAGACCUCAACCAAUCCCACUAUGCUUGUGCCUGCUAUGGUAAAUGCAAUGUUUCCACUUGUGAGCAACACUCUUUCACAGGAGAAUGAAGAUACUAGUAAUGAAAUAUUUCCACAAAGUGGACGACUACCACCAAAUAACAACCCAGUGUCUUCACAAGGAUUAUUAUCCAGAGAUGAACGAGCUGCUUCCUAAAUACUCAUAUUAAUGUUUGCUGUGAUCGCUUGGGUAAAGCUGUACGUCUGAGAUUACAGGAAAUAAAUGGCAUUUUGAAAGAUGAUAAAUUAAAACAACUUUAUAAACAAAUUUACGAUGAUAUUGUUUUAUCGUGUUUUUUAAAUAUUUUGCCUAGUUUUUACUUUGACCAGUUUGUAUCAUAAAAUAUCUCACAAUAAUGCUAAAUAUUAUCAUGGCAUUGUAAUAUUUAGUAUUAUUAGCAAAACUUUGUGUGUUGUUUUAAUAUCUAAGCGUUUUAGGCAUUAAUGAAAGUUCUAUGAAAUUCUUCAAUUUUAAUUCAGAGACCUACUACCAUAUUCUAACAAAUAAAAAUUGUUCAACGCA